GGGUGCUGGCCCGGGCAGUUGUAAGGAUGCGGCGGGGACAAGGGAAGCGAAAGAGCGAGGGGACGGAGCUGCCACCCGUGUCGCGGAGGAGGAGGAAAGAGGAGGAAGAGGAGGCGGUGCAGGAGGCCCGGCGGAGGGCGGCCCCAUCCGUGCGGGAGUUCAAGUACAACAAAAAGCGGGUUCGCCUCGUCUCGCAGGGCUCGGACCUGAAGGAUGGUGCUCGGUGCAUCCUUUACUGGAUGUCCCGGGACCAGCGGGUGCAAGAUAACUGGGCUUUCCUCUAUGCCCAGCGCCUGGCCCUCAAACAGGAGCUGCCUCUGCAUGUCUGCUUCUGUCUGGUGCCCAAAUUCCUGGAUGCCACCAUCCGCCAUUACGGCUUCAUGCUGAGGGGCCUGCAGGAGGUGGCUGAGGAGUGUGCAGAGCUUGACAUCCCCUUCCACUUGCUGCUGGGCUACGCCAAGGACGUGCUGCCUGCGUUCAUGGUGGAGCACGGCGUGGGCGGGCUGGUGACAGACUUCUGCCCCCUCCGCCUCCCCCGGCAGUGGGUGGAGGACGUCAGGGAGCGGUUGCCGGAGGAUGUGCCGUUUGCACAGGUUGAUGCCCACAACAUUGUGCCCUGCUGGAUCACCUCUCCCAAGCAGGAGUACAGCGCCAGGACCAUCCGGGGCAAGAUCCAUGCUCAGCUCCCCGAAUUCCUCACUGAGUUCCCCCCCGUUGUUCGUCACCCAUAUCCCCCUUCCUGCCAAGCACAGCCCAUCGCUUGGGAGGCCUGUUAUUCCAGCUUGCAGGUGGACCGCACUGUGAAGGAGGUGGAGUGGGCGACCCCUGGCACAGCUGCAGGGCUGGCUGUGCUGCAGUCCUUCAUCGCAGAGCGUCUGAAGUCCUUUGGCUCCCACCGGAAUGACCCCAACAAGGCAGCACUCAGCAACCUGUCCCCAUGGUUCCACUUUGGCCAGGUUUCUACCCAACGAGCCAUCCUGGAAGUGCAGAAGCACCGGGGCAAGUACAAGGAGUCGGUGGAUGCAUUCGUGGAAGAGGCCGUGGUGCGGCGGGAGCUGGCUGAAAACUUUUGCUACUACAAUGAUAACUACGACAGCGUGCAAGGUGCCUAUGACUGGGCGCAAACCACCCUGAAGCUCCACGCCAAAGACAAGAGGCCUUUUCUCUACAAGCUGCAGGAGCUGGAACAAGGGACCACACAUGACCCGCUCUGGAAUGCUGCCCAGCUCCAAAUGGUCCGGGAAGGCAAGAUGCAUGGCUUCCUACGGAUGUACUGGGCCAAGAAAAUCCUGGAGUGGACCCGCUCCCCCGAGGAGGCCCUGCAGUUUGCCAUCUACCUCAAUGACCGCUACGAGCUGGAUGGGAGGGACCCCAAUGGAUACGUAGGCUGCCUCUGGUCCAUCUGCGGCAUACACGACCAGGGCUGGGCAGAGCGGGCCGUCUUCGGGAAGAUCCGCUACAUGAACUACGCUGGCUGCAAGCGCAAGUUCGACGUGGGCCAGUUCGAGCGCCGCUACGCCCCCUGCACACUCUCCCAGUGA